AUGAUUUCAAGAAACUUACAUAAAUUUAAUAGGCUAGGCAUUAGGAAUUAUACUCAUUUUGUUACUACCCCGAUUUUCUACGUCAACGCUGAUCCCCAUAUUGGUCACUUAUAUUCAAUUGUUGUCGCGGAUACUAUCGCGCGUUACUUGAAAUUGAAACACCCCUCCGAUAAUGUCGCUUAUUCUACUGGCACAGACGAGCACGGUUUGAAAGUUCAACAAGCUGCUACCGCCCAUUCAACUACACCUCUUAAAUUAUGUGACAACAUCUCCCCCAAAUUUAAAAGUCUAGCAGAUUUAGCUCUGUCUUCUCAUACAGAUUUCAUAAGAACCACCAGUCAUCAUCAUAUCAACACUGUCCAUUCCCUAUGGUUGGACUUAUUCAACAAAGGCUACAUCUACAAAGGUAGCCAUCAAGGCUGGUAUGCUGUAUCCGAUGAAGCUUUUUACUCUGAUUCAUCUGUCACCGAUCACUUUGAUCACUCUACCGGUGAAUCGUAUAAAAUUUCCACUGAAACUGGAAAAAGGGUCGAAUGGAUGUCUGAAACUAAUUACAAGUUUAAACUUAAACAUUUCAGACAAAAGUUGAUUGACUGGUUGUUAUCAAAUCCUAAAGCUAUACACCCACCCCAGCAAUACAACGCUAUCCUUUCUUCCCUUCAGUCAAAUCAGAGCGCCAACUCAGAUUUGUCCAUAUCCCGUCCUUCCAAUCGCUUAAACUGGGGUAUUCCCGUCCCUAACGAUCCUUCACAUACCAUUUACGUUUGGAUUGAUGCUUUGACUAAUUAUUAUUCUGUUGCUCAACUUCAUGGUCUAAGCACUUGGCCUGCUGAUAUACACGUAGUUGGCAAAGACAUUAUUAGGUUUCACGCUAUAUACUGGCCUGCUCUACUUUUGGCUUCAAAUAAGCCAUUGCCAAAAAUUAUUCUUAGUCACGCACAUUGGACCAUGAACGGUUCCAAAAUGUCUAAAUCCACUGGUAAUGUCGUCGAUCCUUUCGUCGCAAUUCACAAGUAUUCUGCAGACGUACUGAGGUUUUACUUACUUAGAGUUGGUGGUAACUUCGCAAAUGACGCUGAUUUUAAGCAACACGAAUUAGAUCUGAAAUACAGCUCUACUUUAAAGGGCCUACUUGGUAAUUUGUUGUCAAGAAUUAGUGGAAAAAAAAUUAUGGAUAAACUUUCAAAUGCUAAUCCCAUCGAUAUUCAUCCUAAUGAUAAUGAAGAGAUCUUACAUAACAAGUUGGUUUCUUUGCAUACUCGGUUCAUAACUUCUAUGGAUACCUUUGAGAUGGGAAAAGCUUUGGAAACCAUCGAAGAUACCCUUCACGAGGUUAACAGAUAUUUCACAAAAGUUGAGCCGUGGUCUGAUCAUACCUCAAUUGAGGAGUGCGCGCGAUGUGUCAUGUACGCUCGGGAAACACUGCGUAUUAUUGGUAUUCUCCUUCAACCAAUCAUGCCAAAUAAAAGCAAAGAAUUGCUUGACAAACUAGGUGUCGAUUUAUAUGCAAGAAAUUUGCAAGACGCUGCACUGAAUAUUUCACUCACUCAGACCUUAACACUCAAUACCCAAACAGCUGUACUUUUUCCACCUCUUAUUGAAAAGACUACAAGUAAUUUAAAUUAA